GCCUGUCCCCGACGAUAAUCUUUCACUCGGUGAUGUACCGUUGGGCCUGUGACCGCCUCAACGAGGAACCUUCCUUUGAUGCUUUUCGCUUGCUGUAUAAGAUUCAGGAUACGCCCAAUUGUUGGUCGAUCAGGAGGCGGGAUGGCGCUGUAGGCCUUGUUACUGGGGCGCCGAAGUUGGAUUCUCCUUGGUUCAGGGAGUACUUCUUCGCGCGUCCUUCCUGGAAGUGGUAUUCGGGCGAUGAGGAACCGCCGACGGGUUAUGCGGUCGGCUCUAAGGAAGCGUGGUGUUCCUCUAGUCAGUUUCCACAGUCGGUGAAAGACCACGUAGGCCGCUUGGUAGAGGGAUUCCAGCUGCGGGUGACGCGUAGCGGUCUUGAGAGCGCUUACCAGCAUGUGCGCGGCUUCUAUGGUCUGAAAGAUUUGGCCAAUGCGAACCGGCCAAAAGGGAAGAAGCGGGGGGCCGCUGUUGCAAAGACUGGUGCGCCCUCUUCUUCGACGGUAGCGGGGAAGACAGCUCCCGUGACCGCAGCAACGGUGGCCGCCUCUGCUGCCGCGUCCGUUGCUCCUACGAUGGUGACCCGUGGUGCGGGGAAGAGGCCGCCAGGGACAGGUAGCCCCCAAGGAGCUGUGAAGCGUCCUAAAGUAACUCAGGGAAGAACUGGAGUGGCGCGGGGCAAGGCCGCUCGUCAAACUGACCAGUCUUACCCCAUAAGUUUGCCCCCUCUCGCGGCGACCGACACCGAGGCGGCUGAGCUAGCGUUCCAUACUGUGAGCGAUCAGCUUGAUAUGCCAUCGGAGUAUACUGCGACCUCGCAGGGGUGCAACCGAAGACUCGCUGGGAUUGCUUCUCAGUUCUUUUUCUCGGCUCAGAUUGGAUUUUCGCAGAUCAUUAUGCUGAAUGACCGCCUAUCCAAGACCGUUGAUGAGAAUGUGGUU